AUGGCUGAACUGGAUCCCGAUAUCUACCCGAGCAUAGACGAUAUGUGGCGUACUGCUAUUAAAGCCGAGAAACACGAUGACCCACCGAGUGCAAAGACAGUCUCAAUUGUAUUGCUGUAUUCAGUAGUGCUACUAUUUGGCAUCGCAGGCAAUGCAUUGGUGACAGCGGUGGUGGCAGUAAAUGAACACAUGCGAAGUGUAACCAAUAUGUUCAUUGCACAAAUUGCUCUUGGUGACAUCAUAAUGCUGCUCCUGGCCAUGCCGUUUGACAUCAUCAGUAAAUACGUGUAUGAAGAUUGGAGUUUUGGUACUGUAUUGUGUAGGAGUAUGUCGUUUUGUAAGGACUAUUCGCUAACUAUCACUAUAGUAACGCUGACAGUCAUGGGUAUUGAUAGGUGUUUUAUACUAUCCCGUGAACUCAGAACAUACAGCAUUCGGACUAUGAAGAAGUUCUUCACUGUAGCAAUAAUCAUUCAAAUGCUCUCCGUGUCAGCUGCAAUCCCAGCGACCAUUUUCAGUGAUGUGUGGCGUGAAUCUACUCAUACCCAUUCAAAUGACAGCACCGCCAAUGCGUCAGUUCGUGUUUGUAAACAUAAUGAGGGGUCAUCAAACUUGUUGCGGGUUUCUCUUUCGCGUGUUCUCCUGUUAUAUGUUCUACCAUUAGUAAUUAUCAGUGUUUCGUUUACGAAGAUCAACGCGUUUCUUAGAUCGACGGAGGCCCAGGUUUUGCUCUCUGCAAAUAAAAAGAUCGUUUCUGCCUGUAAGAGGGCGCUACACUUACUUAUUACACUGGUGGGAUUAUAUACUGCUCUGCUACUCCCAACUGUCAUAGACACAAUAGUGUCAUUUUUCAUUAAAGGCGGUUUGUUAUAUGACAAUAAGUGGUAUUCUCUGUACGAAUUCCUCGUGGAUACCACAUUAUAUGCGAUAUGUGUAUAUAAACCGGUAGUUUAUUUCAUCAUGAGCGCGAACUUUCGACGUGGGUUCCGGGAGCUGAGUUGCUGUUCUACGCAUAGCUCAGGGAAAAGCAGGAUCGAGUGCGACGAUGAUGAGUCAACUUUGAACACCAAUGAAAUAUGGUUCAACAGUGAUGGCAGCGAAAGCAGCGUACAACACGAUGUACGGGACAGCGUGUAA